UUUCCUCAGACAGGAAGUGGGCGAAGCCGAUGGCUGGAUUCUGCUCAAGCCCUGACUCUGGUUGCCAGGGCAACCAUCCCAUAGUGUGGGGAGGGGAGGCCAUAACGACCUUGCCCUAAUAUUUCUGGGUAAGAGCCGUUGGGGGAAGGGCUCAAGACUGGUGGUUGAGAGAAUUCAUUGCCAAAGGACAGAAAUGGCAUGAAGCAGGGGGUGGGAAGAGUUAGCACGGGACAAAUCAGAGUUUGAGAGAUGUUUACUGGCACGAAGCUCAGCCCUUUGGGACUUGUUUCCUUACAAAAGUUCGUUUUGUUGCAUCAGGGGAUCCCUUCUGUUGACGAGCCUAUCACUGUCGCUCACAUAGUUGUGGAGGCUUCACCAAGAACAGAAGAGAUCAGCAGCGCGUCGGCCAUUGUAGAUGGUAGCCACCACAUCAAGGAAGUCAUUGUAACUGGUGACCAUGUCUUUGAAAGCCCCAAUGGCCACCUUGAGUGUGACGUUGGAGAAGGACAGGACAGUCCCGGAGGCCCAGAAGAAGGGGCUUCCCUGGAACUCAUCAAAGUUAAACUCCUGGUUAACAAGGAAGGCCGUUAUGUGUGCGAACUGUGCCACAAGACAUUCAAAACGGCCAGCAUUCUGAAAGCUCACAUGAUCACUCACAGCAGCAGGAAGGACUACGAGUGCAAAUUAUGCGGAACAUCUUUCAGAACCAAAGGUUCACUCAUCCGACACCAUCGGCGCCACACAGAUGAACGUCCUUAUAAGUGCAAGAAAUGUGGGAAAAGUUUCCGGGAAUCAGGAGCCUUGACUCGGCACCUCAAGUCCUUGACUCCCUGUACAGAGAAAAUCCGCUUCAAUAUGAACAAGGAAAUAGUUGUUAGCAAGGAAGAUUUAAGCACAGAACCCGACAGUUGCAGCCCUGAAGCUGUCCCUUCUUCGCUGGCGCCUCCGUCCAUGGAGUCUUCGCCUGUCAUCCAUCUGGUGACGGAUGCCAAAGGCAACGUCCUUCACGAGGUCCAUGUCCAGAUGCAGGAGCUCCCGAUUUCGGAAGCCAAGGCAUUAACCCAAGAGCCUUCCAAUCCAGAGGAGCUGCCUCCUGACACAGAUGACAGCGAGAACCUGCUGAGAGAAGCCAUGAGGAAUUCUGGGAUUGUGAUCGAACGGGUUUCCUUGGAGGAGGCAGCCAAAUCCGAUGAAGCCGAUGUGGCGGCGGCCCUGGCAGAGGAGCUGAAAAGCGAACAGGUGGAGACAGCUGGGAAGUUGCAGGAAGAGCAGUAUGUGGAGAUUGAACAAGUAGAAACGAUAGAUGCAGAAGUGCCUAAUGAAUGCAAACGCCAUGCGUGUCCUUACUGCAGCGAAAUCUUCAGGGAGCCCGGCUCCCUCGAACUCCACAUCAGUGGGCAUCUGGACUACAAACCUUUUACAUGCGAGAUGUGUGGCAAGGAAUUUGCCAAAGGCUACCUGCUGAAAAAGCACCAGGAAGUGCAUGUGAAUGAGCGGCGGUUUCGCUGUGGGGAAUGCGGCAAGCUGUACAAGACUAUCGCGCACGUGAAGGGGCACCGGCGGGUGCAUUCGGAUGAGCGUCCGUACCCUUGCCCCAAAUGCGGCAAGAGGUACAAAACAAAGAAUGCCCAGCAGGUCCACUUCCGGACACACCUGGAUGAGAAGCCGUACAUCUGCCAGUUCUGCAACCAGGGCUUUCGGGAAAAGGGCUCUCUGGUGCGUCACAUCCGCCACCACACCGGAGAGAAGCCCUUUAAGUGUUACAAGUGCGGCCGUGGUUUUGCAGAGCAUGGCACCCUCAACAGGCACCUGAGGACGAAAGGCGGGUGCUUGCUGGCUUUGAAAGAAGCUGAAGAAGCCGUGGGAUCAGAGGAAGGCCAGUCGGCCGACAACGUGGCUGCAACGGUGAUUUCCGAGGACCCCCCUACUGUCCUGGUGGAAUUCUCUUCCGUGGUGGCCGAUACACAGGAGUACAUCAUUGAGACAGCAACUGAAGACAUGGAAACCAGUGAAGCGGCUGACCUCAUAGAAGGCACAAGGCACGAGGUGGACAGUCACAUCAUGAAAGUGGUGCAGCAGAUUGUCAACCAAGCCAACUCUGGUCACCAGAUCAUUGUCCAGAACGUCACGGUGGCCGAGGGUCCCGCCCUGUCCCCCGACAGCACGGACGGCGACACAAUUGCCAUCGCCACCCCAGAGAGCCUUACGGAGCAGGUGGCCAUGACGCUGGCGUCUGCCAUUGGCGAAGGAGCUGUGCUGGCGACCGAGGAGGGCGGGGAGGCCGAGGAGGCGACGGUGACCAUGGUGGCUUCCGAAGACAUCGAAAUCGUGGAGCACUCGGGGGAGUUUGUGAUCGCCUCCCAGGAGGAGGAGGAGGAGGCGGUGGAGGAGGUUCAGGCAGUGAUUGUCUAGGGUGGCCUGAGGGCCCCCUCCCCAAGGGGGAAACAAGAGCGCCGCACCUUGGCUUUGCUGCUCGGCUGGUCCUCAGCACGCAGGUGGGAGAGAGCCUGGGCUGGCUCUGCACGUCCACCGGCCCCGGGGGUGGGGGGGGGAGAGAGAGAGUCACGGGAUCAGUCCGCUUGUAGGCUGGUCCUCUCCCGAAGAGCAUUGGAAGGGCUGAGAGCUCUUGGCUGCCUCCUACAGGUGCCAAAGGGAAAGCGGAAUCCUUCAUGGCACUGGGGGGCCAGCUGGGGUUUGUGGAACCCAGCUGGCAUCUUGAACCAAGCACUUUAUCUUAGUUGAGGAGAGAAAGGGGGGGGAGAGAAUUUGCAGGGAAACUUAACUAUGCCACAAGAGGCUCCUUCACAGGGUGGGCCAGACUGCUUAAGGUAUGGAAUGUAAGCUACUUUGUUAUGAACAUGAACCUUAAAGAAAGGUUUGAAAACGCUUUACUACUACAAUAUUAAAGUUAUUUUGAAAGUAUACCUAGAAAA